GUUGGAUAGUCGGGAAAACUAAGGACUGGCAAAUUAAAAAAUAAAUGGCGCAUGAUUAACAAACGGUCUGCUGCUCGUCGGGAUUUUUGCGUUACGUGUGAAGGACUCUCACUGCCAGCGGAGAAGUGAGAGGAGGCUAGAGAGAGAGGGAGACGGAGACAAUAAGACUGAAAAGCUGGCAAACCUUACACAAAAUGCGAGGAAGAAGAAGCACGGGCGGCGUACAACAACCACAGCAGCGGCCACACGAACAGCAACAGCAGCCAAAUCAAAGGUUAAUCCAUGGCCCACGCUGCUCGCUGCUAAUGUUGCUAAUUGUUGGCCACGCAGUUUACGCUUCUGCCGGCAGUGAGGUAAUCACAAAUCGCUCGACGCCAACGGACGAAUCGCUGACACUACCGCUGACACUACCGCUGACACUACCGCUGACCGGCGACCGCCCACCGAAUGUCACCCUGUCGCGCCUCUUUUCCCGCCCCUUCCGGGAGCCGGAUGUGGCCGAGGGGGAGGGGGAGGGUGGCGACUGGGGGGAGGCGCAGCUUCCGCAGACCAUCUCCCGACCACCGAGAGCGGGACGCAGCGCGCGGCAGGCGGAGGAGGAUCAGGUGGACCGCUGCCGGCUGUUCGUCGAGGGGGAUCCCACCAAGAACGAGCUGUACAGCCCCGAGUAUCCCAAUCUCUAUCCGAAGAACAUCAACUGCACAAGGGUGAUAACAGCGCCAAAGGGACAAAUCAUACGCCUGGACUUUCGCAACUCGUUUAAUAUCGAGGACAAGGAGGAGUGCAAAUUUGAUUUUCUCGAAAUACGGGACGGCCAGUACGGCUUCUCCCAGCUGCUGGGCAAGUUCUGCGGCACCAACUUCCCGCCGGAGCUCACCUCCAAGGAGCGCUACCUGUGGCUGCACUUCCACUCCGACGAGACCAUCGAGUACACCGGCUUCAGUGCGGUCUACGAGUACCUCGAUAGGAACAGGGAGGCGGCCAGCACUGAUCUCAACUGCACCAUCGAGAAGGGCGGCUUCGAGGGGUUCAUCAACUCGACAGACGUACCGGCGGAGAUCCGGGAGCAGGUCAUCCACAGCAAGAUCGCCUUGGACUGCAUCUGGCGCAUCCAGGUGAAGGAGAACUGGAAGAUAUAUCUCAAGUUUCUGGACUUUAAGCUGAGCAAGCCGAACGAUUGCGACACCAACUUUCUUGAUAUAUUCCCCGAACAGACGGUGAUGCCGCGCAGGGUGAAGAACUUUUGUGGUUCGGCUGGCGAAAGUAUUACGGCCGAGUCAAACAUCCUGCACUUGCGCUUCUACGCAGAUCAAAUCGCGAUUAACUCGACAUUCGGCAUUCUGUUCACGGCUUUCCGGGACAAGGGACCUGCGGGAGCCUGCGCCGAGGACGAGUACGAUUGCGAGGACGCGACCUGCAUAUCAAAGGAUUUGAAAUGUAAUAACCUAGACAAUUGUAAAUUUCGAUGGGACGAGGAGGACUGCAAGGGCGACGCAAACGGCCAAUCGGAGCAUGUGGUCAUCAUCGUGACCGUGUUUGGCCUGAUACUCGGCGGCAUGGUCCUAACGUUCAUCGUCAAUUGCACACGCAAGAUAAUACGUGAUCAGAAGAUAAUACGCGAGCACAUCCGAGAGUCCAAGGAGAGCAAGCUGGACGAGAUGGGCCGCAACUCCAAGGGUCGUUCGCGCGAGAACAUCUCCAGGCAAAAGCACUCGCAGACCUCGCUGCAGAUCCUGGACGACGUGUCGAACCGCUAUUACCGCGAGGCCGUCCCCCUGUCGACGCAGUCGAGCAAGGCGGACUUCAAGGAGAAGGAGCACAGCAUCCUGCGCCGGCACGCGGAUAUGACCCAAACGAGUCUCUGCGAGGACGACGGCGAGUCCAGCUCGACGACCACGGCCACCCACGAGCUGAUGACUAAGGCGGCCAUGUCGGCGGUGCCCUCGAAUGCCUGCGAUAUGGGCUGUCAGACGAGGGAAUCGCUGUUUGUCAACAGUCCCGGAAUUGGACCGUCGGCGGGUGUUGGCGUUGCCGUUGGCAUUGGUAUUGCUGUUGCUCCCGGCGGCGGUGUUGCGACGCUAAUGAGACAAAAGUCCAGCUCCUCAUCGCUGGGCGGGCACAGCGGCUCGGGGGGCGGGGCCAUGAUGAUGCCGCCCCCGCCGCAGCGCUUCUUCUCCACCUUUGGCUACGAGCCAUCCGGAUCGCCGGCGGUGGCAACGCUGACAAGACGCAGCAUGCAUCAGCAGCAUCCGCAGCAGCAGCAGCAGCAGCAACAUCACCAGCUGCCUCGCCAGGAGUCCAUGGAGAUGGAGGAGCGACACAGCGGCCGCUCGCAUUACGGCGGACUCUUGGUGGCCUCGACGGUCAAGCAGCCGCAGGAGAUCUGUCACCAUCAUCACCAGCACCAGCAGCAGCACCAGCAACAGCAGCAACAGCAGCAACAUAUACAGCAGCAACAGCAACAGCAGCGAAUGCACCACGCACAUCCGCAUCCGCCGAGCAUUGCUGCCCGUCUGCCCACGAUGAAGGGACACGGGGCCAUGGGACAGACUACGAUCCUGCCCGGCGGCAACAAGCAGCAGCAUCAUCAGCAGCAACAGCAACAGCAGCAGCAGCAGCAUCAGCAGAAGAACGAGGAGUCCAAAGUGUUUAUCGACAUACGGAAUUCAGCACCAGACGUGAUUAUCAUGACGUCCCAUUGACAUUUAAGGAUGGCCCGCCAAUCAGCAACAGCAACAACAACGGUAGAGAGCAGGAGCAACAGCAACAGGAGCAGCAGCAACAUCGGCGGAAGAAGCAACCGUUACAGCAACUGGACAUCGGCCAACAUAUUAACCGCAGCCGCAGCGUCACUGAUGACACAACAAGGACACCAAGGAGGUGGUUGCUUUUUGUUUCACCCCCUCGCAACAUGUCACUUGCAACCCAAAACCCCCACCCACACCCACCGCCCCCCACAUCCGGUUUGCAUUCCGUUGCACUCUUUUCGCGCUUUCUUUUCUCCUCGUUUUUAAAGCAAGGUGAACGCGCAUUCAUUUAAAUUGCUGCAGAGUCGGGAGUUUGGAGUUGUUUCGUAAUGAAGAGACACCAAACACCAAACUUCCUCUGUAAGCAUUGUUUUUUCAAAGUUUCUAAAGCGACUUUUAAGUAUUUUUCGGUAAAGUUAAUGAGGCCACUUGCUUUGGAGCGAAAGAUAGGGAACUAUCAGUAUAUUAAUACACACGUACAGUUGCGUUUAGCUUAAGAAUGUUAUUUAAAAUAAUUUGUU